AUGAACAACAAUACGGAUCUCGAUUUAAAGAAGGAGAGCAGAAGAAGUAAGAAGUUGGAGCCAGGGAGAAAUUUGGAGUACUGGUUUAGGUUCCAGCUUCCACGAGGGUUUAUGUUGAGGGAAAAUAUGGAGAUUGUGGGAGUGUGUCUUGGACUAGUUUGUGUAGGAUAUAGUAGGAGGCUGGCAAUAUUAAGAGUAUGGGAGAAUGAAUGGAGUUUAAAGAAGAGAGGGGCAGAUGAUAAUUGCAGGGAUACUGUAUUGUUGGUCUGUUUGCAGGUUGCUUUUACUGGAUCAACUGGUACUGGUAAAAUUGUACUUGAACUGGCAGCUAAAAGCAAUCUUAAGACUGUAAGUUUGGAGCUUGGUGGGAAAUCUCCUUUUAUUGUAUGUGAGGAUGCUGAUGUAGACAAGGCUGUUGAGUUGGCACAUUCUGCUCUAUUUUUCAAUCAGGGUCAAUGUUGCUGUGCUGGUUCUCGAACUUUUGUACAUGAACGUGUAUAUGAUGAGUUCGUAGAGAAAGCAAAGGCCCGUGCGGCGAAACGUGUAGUGGGUGAUCCAUUCAAGGGGGGCAUUGAGCAAGGCCCUCAGAUUGAUUCAGACCAAUUUGAGAAGAUCCUGAAGUACAUAGAUUAUGGUAUUAAAGGUGGAGCGACACUGGAAACAGGAGGAGAACGAUUCGGCUCGAAAGGUUACUAUAUUAAGCCCACUGUAUUCUCAAAUGUGAAGGAUGACAUGGAGAUAGCAAAGGAUGAGAUCUUUGGCCCAGUGCAGACCGUCUUGAAAUACAAGGAACUUGAUGAGGUGAUAAAGAGGGCUAACAAUACUCGCUAUGGCCUUGCUGCAGGGGUAUUCACACAGAACAUAGACACUGCAAACACAUUGACGCGUGCAUUGCGAGUAGGUAGCGUAUGGAUCAACUGCUAUGAUGUGUUUGAUGCUUCGAUUCCUAUUGGAGGGUACAAGAUGAGUGGAAAUGGUAGGGAAAAGGGUAUAUAUGGCCUUAAGAAUUACUUGCAAGUCAAGGCUGUAGUCACACCCCUUAAAAAUCCGGCAUGGCUAUAAUCCCCGAAAAGCUUUCCAAAUUGUCAAAAAUAAAUAGACAAGUAGAGAACUGAGGCUUGAUUUUCUAUGGUGAUGAUGAUGACAAUUUGCUCCUCUGCACUGAACUAGCUCAGUUUAUUAAUGUCCAAUCAAUGAUGUGGUGGAUUAGUCC